AUGAGUGGCAAAAGUUUUAUUCUUCACCUUUACAAACUCCCCAGUUCAAAGCAAAAGAUUAUUAUCAUGUCCGAGUCUGAACAAUACGAUCAACCCCCUGCUCCAGCUCCAGAAUCUGAGCAAAGUGAGCAACCACAACAAACCGAGCAUGUGGGCCAACCAGAACACUCUGUUCCAGAUUACCGUGAUGAAGGAUACGCUGCUCCACCUCCUCAACGUGGUCAAGAUGGUGAACUUUCUACAACCAGACUUUUUGUCAGACCAUUCCCAUUCGAUGUUCAGGAAUCCGAGCUUAACGAGAUCUUCACUCCCUUUGGUCCUAUGAAGGAAGUCAAGAUCCUCAACGGCUUUGCGUUCGUGGAAUUCGAAGAGGCUGAAUCAGCUGCCAAGGCCAUCGAAGAAGUCAACGGUAAGACUUUUGCUAACCAGCCAUUGGAAGUCGUUUACUCGAAGCUACAACCACCAAGAUUCCGUAUGAUUUUGAGAAACUUGCCAGAAGGUGUCGCUUGGCAAGAGUUGAAGGACCUCGCUCGUGAGAACAACUUGGAGACCACGUUUUCUAGCGUCAACACUAGAGAAUUCGAUGGAACCGGUGCUCUAGAGUUCCCAUCUGAAGAAAUUUUGGAAGAGGCUCUUCAAAAGCUAAAUAACAUCGAGUUCAGAGGUGCCGUUAUCACUGCUGAAAAGGACGACAACCCUCCUCCAAUUAGAAAAUUCAGAUCUGCUCCUAGAGGUGGCUUCGGCCGUGGUGGUUUCGGCCGCGGCGGCUUCGGUCGUGGUGGUCCAAGAGGUGGAUUUGGCUCCAGAGGUGGCUACGGUUCCAGAGGUGGCUACGGCUCGAGGGGGGGCUUCGGUGGUUCCAGAGGUGGCUAUGGUUCUAGAGGUGGCUUUGGCGGUCCAAGAGGUGGCUACGGUGGUUCUAGAGGGGGUUAUGGCUCCAGAGGUGGCUACGGUGCUCCAAGAGGUGGUUACGGUGGUGCUCCAAGAGAGGAUUACGGUCCUCCACGUGGUGACUCAUAUGGUGCCCCUCGUGGUGGCGACUCCUAUGGUGCUCCAAGGGGCUCUUAUGGUGCUCCAAGAGAUGACUACAGAGGCAGAGAUGGCGGUGACUCCUACGGUUCUACUCGUGAAAGAUCUCCAUCCAGACAGUGA